AGUAUUUGCAUGGUUGUCCACUGUUUGCAAGUUGGCUGGAUGGAGUUGCACAGCAAAUAAGAAAUCCUGGGCUCACCGAGCUGAGGGGGAGACGGUCUGCCUUCAGCAGGGGCAGGAUUUCACCAUGGGUCUUGUUUUUCAAUCCACUCCUGUGGAUUGAAAGAUGUGCAAUGAAAUUCUGGUGUUUAGCCAUCUCUCUGCAUCAGUACUCAGGGGAACAUUUCUAGCUGAUGUUCUCACUGUGCUUUUAGGCUCUGGGAGCUGUUGGUGGGGCCGGCCCCAUGCCACUGCCCUCACUGCCAGCCCGGGCAGGGCCUGCCCAGCACCUCGGCACCUCCCUUCCCACCUUGGCAACCAAACACAGCCAUAGCUGCCUCAUCCUGAGCAGGUUGGUACUCCCUCACUCAGAGAAGGGCCCCAGCCCUGAGCUGGGUUCAUGGGGGUGGGAUUUGGGUGUUUUUCCUGCAGGGAGCCCGAUGCCUGGCGCAGGAGCCUUCACCUGCCCUAGCUGCCGCAUGGCGUUCAGCUCCCAGCCACUGCUGCGGGCACACCAGGAGCGGCUCUGCCUGGGGACACCGAUGGACGGCGGCUCCAGGGGGGACCCCAGCAGGGCCCGGAGGCUGCAGGACCCCUCGGUACUAUGAGAUUGGGUCAGGCGCGGGGAUGGGGACGUGGGUGAGGAAAUGGGGUUCUGCUGGCGUCAGCUGGAUAUAUCCCAGUCUGAGAUGGGGCACGCUGCACCCCUCAGUGCUUAGUUUGGGAAAGACAGAAAAGUUUAUGGUAUUAAGCACUUUUUUUUGCCUUCUUGUUUACCUCCCUGAGGUUGGGAUGCCCCAGCAUGGAGACCGCGCCGAGCAGCGCCACCUCCUCCUGCUUUCUGGGCUCCCUCCUGCUAUAUUGGGACCACGGGGGCCGGGGCAAGCCCGGGGGGCACCCCUGGGGGACAUCCUCACACCCCGUGAGAGGGCCCUGCUCCGGGCCACCGAGCCCCGUGUCCGCAGCCCCCAGCAACCCCCAGCCAGCAGGCUGAAGAAGGAGGUGAGCUCACCCACACGGGGUGCAGGCUUUGUCCCCAGCUUUGUCCCCAGCCCCGUGGGGCUCCUGACUCCCCCUGUGCCUCAGGGAGAGCCCAGCCAGGGGCACCCGCGGGCACCAGAGCUGCUGGAAGCCCACAAACACCACGUGGCCGAAAUCCGGGCCAAGACACAGCAGCUGGAGCAGCAGCGAGCAGGUAGGCACUGGUGGAGGUUUUGGGGUGAUGGGGCUGUGGUUCGUGGGGUGACCCGUCCUGCCCCCCCGCAGGGCUGUGCCAGCGCCUGGCGCUGCUGGCGGAGGAGCAGCUGCGGCCAAAGCCAAGGCGAGCCCCAGAGGUGCUGCAGGGUGAGGCCGGGCACCCAUACGGAGGGUGAGUCCCAGCUGGGGCGAGCAGGGCUCAGCACCCCUCCAGGGGAAGCACCCAGGCUGCUCCCCAAAAAGGCUCCCAGUUGCUCCCAGUUUCCCCGUUUCCACCCCAGGCCCACCCUCCUGCCGCCCGUGGGGCCGCUCGCUGCUGAGGCCAGGUGAGAGCCGAGGGUGGGCGGGCGCCCAGCGGAGCCCCCACCCCAUCUGACAGCGGUGCCGUGGCAGGGCCCUGACGCUGUCCUAUCUGCGCAGCGGUGGCCACGACGCGGCCAUCCUGGCCCAGCUGCUCGACCUCCAGGUGGAGGCCACGGCGCUGGAGAAAAGGGUCACAAAGAGGACAGGUAAGAGGCAGCCCUGAUGCAGAUCCCAGCCUGGGGUUGUGACCCCCUUCUGUCCCCACUGAGGCACCCCCGGCCCUGCCAGCAGAGCGCCCCAGGGCCUCAGGCACUCAGGACCUUGACGCGAUGCUGCUGGCCGUGGAGCUGGAGAACCAGAGGCUGGAGGAUGAGCUCCGGGCACUGAAGGUCCGGCAGGCGAGGCGAGCUGAUGCCAGCUCGCUGGCGGCCCAGCAGCAGGCGGAGGGCCUGGCCCGGCUGCAGGCAGAGGUGGGGAUGCUGAGACGCCAGGCAGAGGGGACGGGGCCGCGGGCGAUCCCCCCCGUCCUCCCACCAGCCCGGGCUCUGCCGGGGUUUCUCACGGAGGCUCCGGGACCAGCCCUGGGGCCCGGCAGCCCCUCAGCCCCCAGCCGCCUGCCCGCUGCCCCCAUCCUCCCCAUCGCAGCCCUGGAGGACCCCCCUCCUCCUCGGGAGCCACCAGCAGAAUAUGAACCGCCCCCGAGGUGAGAAGGGGACAGGGUGGGGCAGGAAAUUGGGGCGUUAUUAAACACCAGAGUGAUAAAGGGAGGGCAAAAGCUGUUACAGCUGCGGGCUGGGGGUCAGCUGUGGAAGGGCGGUGUUUGGGGGAUGUGCAUUGGGCCAUCCUGGGACCCAGGUGCUGGGAAUUUCAGCAGCAGGGAAGGGGUGGGACGCGUUGUCAGUGCCCCCACACAAGGGUGAUUUGUCCUGGCCAGCCUGGGGGACAGCAGGAGGGAAAGAGGAGCACAACUUUUCCUCCCCCCACUCCCUUUCCCUGCUGCUCACCCCUUCAGACGCAUCCCCAGCCACUUUUAGGAGAAGCUUCACACGCAGUCCUCAUGGCUCAAGCCAGGAAGCAGCAAAAACCACAGCAAGAUUUCCUCCCGCGUGCUGGAGGCCCCGUGCUGGGUGUUUAAUAAAUGGCUUCCCUUGCUGCUCGUCACUUCUCAGCCUUUUUUGACAAAUGUACCUGUCCCUGAGCCAGGCGCAGGCUGCGCUGUGCCCCCUCCACCACCAGGCCCUCCAAGCACAGCAGGGCAGAGCAGAACCCCUGCCCCAGCCCUGAGGAUACAGAAAUUCAUGCCCAGCACUAAAGCACUGCAGAGUUUUGGGUCUGAGUUGUGGCCACGGCUCUGCUCUGAUCCCAUCCCAGGAUGAACGU